AUGAACGAAAAGCAAUAUCAAGGCACAGGGUUUCCUGGAGGAUCAGGUGGAGCGCCUGCGGUUGUUGCAGGUUCACCAGGGCAGCGACAUACGUCGAUUGUGGAGCUGUUGUCGACGCCGCCGCCUGCGGCGGGCUAUGGCGACAGUAGUGGGCAAAAGACGGAGGAAGAACAGGAUUACCAAAACCACAAGCGAGAGCAGCUGAAAGAGCAGUUGGAUGUGUUGGGGGAGGAUGGCGUGCCGCUGUCGCGGCAGGACAGUUCGUCUUCGUGUGAGUCACGUGAUUCUACGGCGGCGUCUUGUUUGACUAAGGUACAUACUCAAAAGUGGCAGCACAUUGAGCUAUGCGAGUUAGUUGAGCAGAAUAAGCUGGUGUUUAUUGAGGCGGAGAUGUCGGUGGAGGAGGCGUUCAAUACGUUAGUGCGUCAUAAUCUGACGUCGUUACCUGUGGAACAAUUUUCCGGUGAUAUGGAUUGUGUAACAUUUGAUUACAACGACCUAAAUUCGUAUUUGCUGUUGGUGUUAGGUAAGAUAUCUGUAGCGGACGAGGAUAUUACUCGAAAAUGCCAGUCCGGACAACCAGUUCCAGUGGGGCGGAUAGUCAAGUUGACGCCGAAGAAUCCGUUUUACAAGUUGCCGGAGACGGAGAAUCUUUCGACUGUUAUGGGGAUUUUAGGGUCGGGUGUGCAUCGUGUUGCAAUCACGGACCCAUCUACGACUACUAUCAGGGGAAUUCUUUCUCAGCGUCGGCUAACAAAGUACCUAUGGGAUAACGCACGUCAGUUUAGUAAUCUGGAACCGUUGUUGAGCUCUUCACUUCAAAAGCUAGGUAUUGGUGUGUUGGACUUGCACACACCGCCCACUUCGAGACAGUCGAGGGUUAUUUCAGUGCAAGGCAGUGAAUCGUUGUUGGUUGCGCUGCACAAGAUGCACUCCGAAAGGAUCUCUUCAAUUGCUGUGAUUGAUCAGCAAGGUAUGCUACUUGGUAACAUUUCGGUCACCGAUGUUAAACAUGUUACACGAACUUCUCAAUACCCUCUACUAAACAACACCUGCCGUCACUUUAUCAGUGUUAUUCUUAACACCCGUGGGUUAGAGAUGGGUAAGGACUCCUUUCCUAUCUUUCACGUGUACCCUACAACUUCCUUAGCACGCACUGUUGCAAAACUGGUCGCAACUAAAGCUCAUAGACUAUGGAUCGUACAGCCUGCUGAACAGCUGAACAUCCAGAUACCUUCUGUUGUCCCUACCACUGAGAAUGUAGAUUAUUCCCCUAGGGCAAACUCUCCUACGCCUGGUCUGCCUACAGCAUGCUCGGGGUUGGCCUCCGGGCCUUCUACAACAAGCCCACAGAUUGGGAACUUCGAAAAAGACUACAGUGCAGGAAAGCUGAUUGGAGUGGUGUCAUUAACGGAUAUUUUAGGCUUACUUGCUCGCAAGCAUACAGAAAACAAGAAGGUGGAUCCGCUUGCCGCCAGAAGGCAGAGGGGCCCAAUGCCCAGAUGA